GGGGGAAAAAGAAGGCCGCGGCCGGCCGCCCCUCCCCUUUCGAGUGACUCAGUCGCCUCCGCCGCCGUUCGCGGUGCGGGCCCUGCAGGGGUGGGGGGCCGUGGAGAUGCCGCGGGUCUACAUCGGGCGCCUCAGCUACCAGGCCCGAGAGCGGGACGUGGAGCGGUUCUUUAAGGGCUACGGGAAAAUCCUCGAAGUGGAUCUCAAGAACGGGUAUGGCUUUGUGGAGUUUGACGAUGUGCGAGAUGCCGACGAUGCCGUUUACGAGCUAAACGGCAAAGAUCUUUGCGGGGAGCGAGUCAUUGUCGAGCACGCCCGGGGCCCUCGCCGGGACAGCAGUUAUGGUUCUGGACGCAGUGGAUAUGGUUAUAGAAGAAGUGGAAGAGAUAAGUACGGUCCUCCGACUCGUACUGAAUACAGAUUGAUUGUUGAAAAUCUGUCGAGCCGUUGCAGUUGGCAGGAUUUGAAGGAUUAUAUGCGUCAGGCAGGUGAAGUGACAUAUGCCGACGCGCACAAAGGGAGAAAGAAUGAAGGGGUGAUUGAGUUCAAAUCCUAUUCAGACAUGAAAAGAGCGUUGGAAAAGCUGGACGGGACAGAAGUAAAUGGUAGAAAGAUAAGGCUGGUGGAAGACAGACCUGGGUCCAGACGACGACGCUCUUACUCCCGAAGUCGGACUCAUUCAAGGUCUCGCUCUCGAAGCCGGCACUCUCGUAAAAGCCGGAGUCGUAGUGGCAGUAGCAAAAGCAGCCAUUCAAAAAGCAGGUCACGAUCCAGGUCUGCGUCCCAGUCCAGAAGCAAGAGCCGCAGUCGGAGCAAAAGCCGUAGCGGAGGCCAGAAGGAGAAAAGCCGGAGCCCAAGCAAAGACGACAAGAGCAGGAGCCGCAGCGGAAGCGCAGAGAAGCCCCGCAGCAAAAGCAAAGACAAGCCCGAGGAUGAGGUUCACAAUGACAAUGACAAACGGGCAAAGAGCAGGAGUCCCAGCAAGGAAAAGAGUAAGAGUAAAAGCAGGAGUAGGAGCGGUAGCAAAGAAAGAGCGGAAGAAGAGGAGAGGGGGAGUGUGAGGGGGAGUAGGAGUAAGGAGAGAGAGAAGAGCAGCAGCAAGGCCAGGAGCCGGAGCAAGGAGGGGAGCAGGAGCCGCAGCCGGAGCAAGAGUAAGGACAAAAGGAAAGGCAGGAAGCGGAGUAGGGAGCGGAGCAGGGGGGAGAGCAGGAGCCGCAGCAGGAGCGAGCGGAGCAAGAGGCGGAGCAAGCGGGACAGCAAGUCUAGCAGCAAGAAGAAAAAGCGAGAAGACCACGAGCGGUCCAGGUCUAGGUCUAGGUCCCGCUCUCGCUCCAAGGACAAGGAGCGCGCGAAAGCAGAGCCCGACAAAAAGGAAGCCAAAACCGAGGGUGAGGAAAUGGACACCCGUUGCAAAUCCCGGUCGAGGUCAAAUUCCAAGUCCAAGCAAAACGUCAAGUCGAAAUCCCGCUCCAGAUCCAAAUCUGUUUCAAAAACCAGGUCCCAGUCCAAAUCUAGAUCGAGGUCUGCCUCUAGAUCGCAUUCCCGAUCGAGGUCCAGGUCUCAUUCCAGAUCCUAAACUUGCUGCAACCCCACACUUAGAGCUCUAUGAGAGAGAGAGA